AUGUGUUUGGCAUUAACUUUGAAUGCCAAUAUUGCUGAAUUCGAUGAGUAUUGGCACAAACGAAGGUUGGAAGCUGUGAAAUAUUUUGAGGAAGCUUACCAUCCUGAGCCUUAUAAUGUCACUAAUCACUUCAACCAUCAAGUUCACUUAAACAUGAAAAAAUUGAACAGCACAAGGAGGGGACUAUUAGGAAAGGGUCAUAUAGGACCAUGUGUGGCUACAAACCCUAUUGAUGCAUGUUGGAGAUGUCAGCCAAAUUGGGCCGAAAAUCGAAAACGGCUAGCUGAUUGCGCCAUUGGGUUCGGUAAGGGCACAACAGGAGGAAAAGAUGGGCGUAUUUAUGUAGUAACUGACUCCUCAGACAAUGACAUGCAGAACCCUAAGCCAGGGACCUUAAGGCAUGCAGUGAUUCAAACGGAGCCACUUUGGAUCAUCUUUGCGCGCUCUAUGAACAUUCGAUUGACCCAAGAAUUGAUCAUGACGGGUGAUAAGACUAUCGAUGCUAGGGGUGCUAAUGUUCACAUAGCUCAUGGUGCAGGCAUCACCAUUCAAUUUAUUAAGAAUGUCAUCAUACAUGGCCUUCAUAUUCAUCAAAUAUACCCUGGGGAUGGUGGCCUAAUCAGGGAUUCAGCUAACCAUUUUGGUCUUAGGACACGAAGUGAUGGUGAUGCUAUCUCCAUCUUUGGUGCUAGUAAUAUUUGGAUUGAUCAUGUUUCCAUGGCUCGAGGUACUGAUGGUCUUAUUGAUAUCAUCCAAGGAUCAACUGCUAUCACCAUCUCCAACUGUCAUAUGACUGACCAUAAUGAGGUUUUUCUCUUUGGUGCAACGAAUGACUACACUGACGACCAGAAAAUGCAAGUCACAGUAGCAUUUAACCACUUUGGAAAAGGGUUAGUUCAAAGGAUGCCAAGGGCACGAUUUGGGUUCAUCCAUGUGGUUAACAAUGACUAUACUCAUUGGCAAAUGUAUGCUAUUGGUGGCAGCCAACAUCCUACAAUCAUCAGCCAAGGCAACCGAUUUGUCGCCCCUUUCAAUCCUUUUGCUAAAGAGGUGACAAAGAGGGAAGCACCAGAAUCAGAAUGGAAAUCAUGGACAUGGUUAUCUGAUAAAGAUUGGUUUUUGAAUGGGGCGUUUUUCCGCGACUCAGGACGAGGAAAUGCGAUAGACAGUAAGAACAAAGCUCAAAUGUUUUCAGCAAUGGCGGGGACGAAGGUGGGUGAAUUAACAAGAUGUUCUGGACCACGUAAAUGCACGCCUGGAAAGCCUUGCUAGCACUUAUUGUACUGUGGAAAAAUAAUCUAUGAAAGACAACGUAAAUAAUUAGCAAGUUAUUAAUUAGUAUUUUGAUCAAUGAUCAUGGAGCGAAAUGCUUUUCAUUGUAUAAAUUGUUAGAUGCAUUUUCUCCCACAAAAGACCUUGUAUGGGGAGAAGAGUAUGUUUUUUUUUUUGUUGAUAUGAGUUUUGUUUUUUUUAGCAUUAUCUUUUCUUGUGUUAUUUUCUUUUUCCACAAAUUUCAUCGAUUAUUUUGUACUAUGUUGGAGUACAAGGUAACAAUUAAGGAGGUUGAAUUGCGUGAUAAAAUUUAAGGCAAGUCGAUCUCCACAGUUGAUUCGUGCUAACUCCUAGCAGCGGUUAUGUAGGAUCUCUGAGACCAAGCCAUACGCAAAAAUAAGAUUAUAGCAUUGUGCCUCAUAUAGUAUGUUAAAUAUUUGCAGAUUCGUUUUUAAUGUUUUUGCUCAAAUAAAGUCGUAUAGAUAGUAAUAGCAAUUAAAUAAAAGAAUAAUGAGACACAGGGUUUUAUAGUGGUUCAAUCUCAACUCUGAGAUUUACAUCUACGUUACCUAUUAUUAUUUUAUUAAAUGAAUCUCAAAAUAUGACUCUGUUGAUAUAAUAAAAUUUCCUACUACUAACUCAAGUAAUGAUCCCCAACACCUAACUCUAAGU